ACAAAGGCUUCCGCCUCCUCGUUCUCCGUAGUAGUGGCAACGUUCGUGACGUUGCGGAGCUGCCAUGUUUGUAGUGGCUUUGCGCUUGCUAACCGGGUGAGGGGAAGCCGUAGCGGGGGGAACUGCUUCACUCUUCUCUGUCUGCUCCUCUACCCGCUUUAAAGCGGGAGGUUGGCAGGAGGAAGAGGGAGGAGGAGCGAGAGCGAGCAGGGAGCGGCUGCAGCAUGGGGACCAUGGCUCAUGAGCCUGUUCCCUGCAUUUUAAAGAGCCCAGUCUCACUACAAGUGGGAGACAUGAGGACUGAGCAAGGCCGUCCUGGUGUUCUGGUGAUUGAUGUUGUGCUUCCACACUCACAGACCAUUGAUUUGCAGGAAAUAGUAUUCAAGAACUAUUACACAGCCUUUCUGACUCUACGGGUGCAGCGCCGAAACCCUGCAGAUGGUGGAAACGAAAGUCCUCCCAAGUGGGUUACUUGUCUGCACAAUUACUGCUUGAUGCCCAACCCUCACACAGAAGAAGGCUCUCAGGAUUACUUCUCUCUCUCCAGACAUCAGAUGCUCUGUGAUGUGGACCGAGUGGCUGCCAUGCGUCUCAUCCUGCGUCAACCAUCUCCAGUAUGGCUGCAUUUCACCAUUGAGGAGCUGCAGCUUUUCCCUGGGGGUCAGAAGAGUCCACAAAAAGGCUUCCCAGCUUGGCUUUCUCACCCAUCUCCUCAGGAGCGGCCAACAAACCUGCGUGAUGGACUCCCUGAUGCUGACAAAGUGUCUUCUGAACUGCAGCAAAUGUGGGUUUUGACCGAGAUGCUCCAAGCCAACCAGCCAGCAGCACGAAUUGGCCGUUUUGAUGUGAAUGGCUCCUAUGACCUUAACCUCCUUUCCUACACUUGAGUUUUCCCAGGACUCAAAGCUGACUUAAGUUCCUAAGAGCUGGACUCACUGAGCUGCACCCCCACAGUGUUGGAUUGGCUUGAGGCAGGAAGAAAUGGUGGACUAAGUCUGUUGCCUUCAUGUUCCAGUCCUUCCCUUUUCCGCUGCAUGGAGGUGGCCUUUCUGGGAACUCUCCAGCUCUACUCUGUUUUUCCUGCCAGGUCUUAUGUGGAGAUUGUUCUCCAUUUUGCACUGGACCCUGGAAGGCUGCGUUCCCUGGAACUUGAAGAUGCCUUAUUUGGGCUCUUCGUCUCCUGGUCUGUUUUUUGGAAGCACUGCUGUUUGGUGCAUGUUUCUUUUGGGGGCAAAAUCAAGCAUUCUUUCAAGAAUCUGGUACUUUGAUGGGGGCGGGCGCAGGGUGGAGAGAAGAAUCCUUCACUUUGGCAAGAGAAAUGACUUGAAAUGUCUUGAAGCUGACAAGACUGAAGGUUUUACUUUCUCAAAUUCAUGUGUUGGCUUUUCAGAGAGAACGAGAACUCCCUUGUUGCUUCCUCUGCUAUGGCUACCUCAUUUGCAACCUACGCUAUGUAAUUGUGUAGGGUUUUUAAUCAGUGGGUGGCAAUAAGAAAUGCUUCCUGAAGAGUUAACCCUCACCUCUUUUUUUCCUGGAGGGAUGUGAGUAGUUUAGUUGUGAAUUGCACAGAGCUAGCCCUCAACAACCUGUCACUAGCUUUAGCUACAAUAUUGUAAGGGCCACAUUAGAGAAAUAGUUUACCCUAAUGGAAUGGCAGUGCCAGACUGUCCUGUGUUGGAUUUUAGCUGAGUCCUGAAGCACCUUGUCAUUUCUUACAGCCACAGCUAUAGACAUGUCAAGUAGCAAAAAUAGCAUCAUGUUAGAAAGCCUGAAAAGUCAUGUCCUUGAGAGCUCCCGUAUUUAAGCUGAGUUGCAACCUGGAUUACCAGCUGUUACCUUUGUGUUCUUAAAUAUCACCAUAUUCAUCUUUCCAACUCAUUAGAUAACCCUUGCAUGGUUGUAGAUGCUCAUUUCCAGUCCAUGAAUUACUAUGCUCAAAAAUGAGUGUUGAAAGCUGAGGUGAAUAAAUGAUUGUGGUAAAAGUCUGGAUUCAGAUCCCUGCUCUGUCAAGGAGCUACUAGACUGCCUUUGAACAAUCACUUUCUCUCAACAGUACAUCUUAAACUGCCUUUCAAAGGGCUACUAUGAUGGUUACAAUGAGAAUAUUCAAACACUUCCCUUACUGACAGGCAGAGAUAUUUUUUGAACAGAACAGCGCUGCGUUGCUUCUUAGCAAGGGUAUCUUCUUGUGGUAUGGGGCACUUCCUGCAGUAAUGUCCACAAUAUGUAAUAGCCUGAUGGACCAAGCUGCAGAACAAAAUGAAUUAGUGCAGUAGGAUGUGUAGCUGACUUUUUUUUUUUAAAUGCUCGAGAACAACCUCUUUUCCAUAGCUGUGUAACUUCCUUUCAGUUAUUUAUUAUGAAUUAUGUAUGCUACUUUAUUUAUAGCUGGAAAGAGCCACAGUGAUCUUCUAACCCAUUGCAAGCAUAAUAAACUUUUACUGAGUACAGUGAAAGGCCUUU